AUUUUCUGUGCCAAGCAGAUCUAAACCACGUUUUCUCUCGGCUAAGGACAGAAAAUUUAUGCGGAGCCGUGAGUGGGCGGGUGUUGGCUGUCAGCCGGCGGGACGCUCCCAAGCCUUCCCCAUUGGCUAUUGCUGUUGUUUGUGAGUUGGUAUUUGUGGUCGCAGUUAAAAGUCAGUUCGCAGCUGAGAGAUUCUUGGGGAGGCCCUUCGCAGACAGUGAGCGCAGAUAAGUGAUCCAGAGCUAACCAGGUGAAGAUCUCUGGAGACCAUGACCAAGAAAAGGAUUGCGGUAAUUGGGGGAGGAGUGAGCGGUCUCUCCUCUAUCAAAUGCUGCCUGGAGGAAGGCCUGGAGCCUGUCUGCUUUGAAAGGAGUGCUGAUAUCGGAGGGCUCUGGAGAUUCCAGGAAAAUCCUGAAGAAGGAAGGGCCAGCAUCUACAAAUCAGUAAUCAUCAAUACUUCUAAGGAGAUGAUGUGCUUCAGCGACUACCCAAUCCCAGAUCAUUAUCCUAACUUCAUGCAUAACUCACAUGUCCUCGAAUAUUUCAGGAUGUAUGCCAAAGAAUUUGGCCUUCUAAAGUACAUCCAAUUCAAGACCACUGUGUGCAAUGUAAAGAAGCGGCCUGAUUUCUCUACAUCGGGCCAGUGGGAGGUAGUCACUGAACAUGAAGGGAAAACGAAGGUGGAUGUUUUUGAUGCAGUCAUGGUUUGCACCGGCCACCACACCAAUGCUCACCUACCCCUGGAAAGCUUUCCUGGAAUUGAAAAAUUCAAAGGACAGUACUUCCAUAGUCGAGACUAUAAGAACCCGGAAGCAUUCACUGGAAAGAGAGUUGUUAUAAUUGGCAUUGGGAAUUCUGGAGGGGACCUGGCUGUAGAAAUCAGCCACACAGCCAAGCAGGUAUUUCUGAGUACCAGGAGAGGAUCUUGGAUUCUGAAUCGUGUAGGAAAACACGGAUAUCCCACUGAUGUGUUGCUGUCUUCUCGGUUUACAUAUUUUUUGUCAAAAAUACUUGGCCAAUCAUUAUCAAAUGCAUAUGUGGAAAAACAAAUGAAUGAAAGAUUUGACCAUGAGAUGUUUGGCCUGAAGCCUAAACACAGAGCAAUGAGCCAGCACCCAACAGUAAAUGAUGACCUACCAAAUCGUAUAAUAGCUGGCAUGGUGAAGGUGAAAGGAAACGUGAAAGAGUUCACAGAGACAGCUGCCAUAUUUGAGGAUGGCUCCAGGGAAGAUGACAUUGAUGCUGUUAUCUUUGCCACGGGCUAUAGUUUUGACUUUCCUUUUCUGGAAGAUUCUGUCAAAGUUGUGAAAAACAAAGUAUCACUGUAUAAAAAGGUCUUCCCCCCUAACCUGGAAAGACCAACUCUUGCAAUCAUAGGCUUAAUUCAGCCCUUGGGAGCCAUUAUGCCCAUUUCAGAGCUCCAAGGACGCUGGGCUGUUCAAGUAUUUAAAGGACUAAAGACAUUGCCCUCACAAAGUGAAAUGAUGGCAGAAAUAACUAAGGCUCAGGAGGAAAUAGCAAAAAGGUAUGUGGACAGCCAACGCCAUACUAUACAGGGAGACUACAUACAGACAAUGGAAGAGAUUGCUGAGUUUGUGGGUGUCAAGCCCAAUCUACUGUCUCUGGCCUUCACUGAUCCCAAGCUGGCCUUAAAGUUAUUCUUUGGACCCUGUACUCCAAUCCACUAUCGCCUACAGGGCCCUGGAAAGUGGCAUGGAGCUCGGAAGGCUAUCUUAACCACAUAUGAUCGUAUCAGGAAGCCUCUGAAUACAAGAGAAACUGAAAAGAGCAAUUCCAUGGUUUCAGCAGUAACAACUGGCUGUUUCAUGCUAGCUGUUGUUUUCUUUGCCAUAAUUAUGGCUUAUGCUUAGAUAUCCCAUUGUCAAUGCCCUGAAUUUCAGUGGGAAGCUUGAUCUAGAGAUGCCUUUAGAACUUGAAAAAAUUCAGUAACUCUCACUGUCAUAUUGCCCCAAAUUCUUUUAUCUUUCAAAAGCUUUUUUUUCCUACAAUGAAAUUACAGGUUUAUUUGAAUGAACUUUCCAUUCCUCUCUUGAUCACUUUUUCUUCUUAUUAUUAAAUAUUAUGAUCAGCAUCUCUAAGAAAUUAUUGUGUAAUUCUUAUUCUGAUAGGUUUGGUAUUAGGAGCUCAAUUUUGUUUGAUUCUAAUACUAUAAAUAAAUGUAUAUUUUCUGAGAUAUAUAAGAAGUAAAGUAUUGGUCUUACAAUGGUCAUAUGGAUAAGACAUAUAGAUACACAAGACAUUCUAUUUCCUAUUCAUUAAUGUACCUGGUAAUUGGCAAGUUUUAUUCCUUUUCCUUAAGGAAUGUGUCUCUUUUCUUAACAAAUAAUAUACUUUCCACUUCUGGCUGGAUAGAUCAGUUGAAUAAUUUAGCAUUAUCAAUAAAUUCUACUUGGCUGAGAUAUAUGAAAAUUUUAAAUUGGCUGUCCUAUCUUUUUUUAAAAUCUUAGUUCCCCCAUUAGGAUCCAGCAAGACAUUAGUUUACAAAGUAAGUGGCUGCUAACCCUUGGUGGUGUGAGCUAUUAAUGUGACUUCUCUCCCCCAACUCUUUCUCUUUUUCCUAUAAAUAGAGCCUAAAAAAAAUUCAAAGGGGUCAUUUACAUCUUAAAUUAGGAUUUAACUAAGUCAACAUAACUAACUCAAUAUAAGAUACUAACUCAAUAUAAGAGUAUUCUGCUUACACAGUGUAAUGAAAUAAAAAACAUCCCAGUAC